AAAUCCCUCCUCCGAGCCAACACCAAUAAGAAUGCCGUGCGCUUUUCGAAGUCGCCUCCCCCUGUGCUCUGUCGUACCUCCGCAGCGGUGGUCCCCCCUCUGUCCCAGUCAGCAUCACUCACUCUCGGACCUAUAGCACCGGAAUCCGCACAGAACCGACCCGGGACUAUGUUGCUACAAAAACUGCUCUUAUGGAUCCUUUCUUUCGUUUGCGGCUCUGAAGUUACUUUGGGAUUUGUGUAUGACCGGCCAAGACGCUCAGGAGAGGAUUCAUCUCGGGCUGACUCGCGGACAUCUCCCUACAACCCCUCCUCUGGCUCCUGUAAGAAUCGCUGUUUUGAGCUGGUGGAGUUGGACCCUCCGAACUGUCGCUGUGAUAACCUCUGUAAGACCUACCACAGCUGCUGCUCUGAUUUCGACCAGCUCUGCCUCAGAACAGAGGGAGGAUAUGAGUGCAGUAAAGACCGCUGUGGAGAGACGCGGAAUGAACAACAUGCCUGCCACUGCUCUGAUGACUGCUUAGCCAAAGGAGACUGCUGUACCAACUAUAAGGCACUGUGCAGAGGAGACACAUUGUGGCUGCAAGAUGACUGUGAGGAGAUUAAAAGUCCUGAAUGUCCAGCUGGGUUUAUGCGUCCUCCGCUCAUUAUGCUGUCAAUGGAUGGAUUCAGAGCGUCAUACAUGAAGAGAGGGAGCGCUGUCAUACCCAAUAUUGAGAAACUGAGGACUUGUGGAACACAUGCCCCUUACAUGAGACCAGUUUACCCGACCAAAACCUUCCCAAACCUGUACUCCCUAGCCACUGGCCUGUAUCCAGAGUCCCACGGUAUAGUUGGUAACUCCAUGUACGACCCUGUGUUUGAUGCCACUUUCAAUCUGAGGAGCCGAGAGAAGCUGAAUCAUCGCUGGUGGGGAGGGCAGCCUAUCUGGAUAACGGCGCUGAAGCAGGGAGUCAAGGCCGCCAGCUUCUUCUGGCCAGUGGGCAUCCCACUGGAGAGGAGGAUUCUGACCAUGCUGCAGUGGCUCCACCUCUCUGAUGGGGAAAGGCCGUAUGUUUAUGCUAUGCACUCGGAGCAACCUGACACAUAUGGACACAAAAUGGGACCAUUGAGUGCUGAUUUGAGUAACCCACUGAGAAUGAUUGACCGAAUCGUGGGUCAGCUCAUGAAUGGACUGAAACAGAUGAAACUGCAUCGUUGUGUAAACAUCAUCCUGGUGGGAGACCAUGGUAUGGAGGAAGCCCACUGUGAGCGUACAGAGUUCCUCAGUAACUACAUGAGUCACGUGGAUGACAUUAUCCUCAUCCCGGGGUCUUUGGGCCGGAUACGCUCCCGACAUCCCAACAACAUCAAGUAUGACCCCAAGGCAAUUGUUGCUAAUCUGACCUGUAAGAAGGCAGAGCAGCACUUUAAACCUUACUUAAAGCAGCACCUGCCUAAGAGACUGCACUACGCCAACAACCGGCGCAUAGAAGACAUUCAUCUGCUGGUGGACAGGAAGUGGCAUGUGGCCAGGAGGGCCCCUGAAGUGAAGCGGCACUGUGGUUUCUACGGUGAUCAUGGAUAUGACAACAAGAUUAAUAGUAUGCAGACCAUUUUCUUGGGAUAUGGACCCACAUUUAAAUUCAGAACUAAAGUCCCAGUUUUUGAAAAUAUUGAACUUUACAACGUCAUGUGUGAUCUACUGGGACUAAAGCCUGCCCCAAACAAUGGCACCCACGGGAGCCUGAACCACCUGCUGCGUAGCCCCUCAUUUAGGCCCCUGGUCCCGGAGGAGGUGUCCCGGCCCACUGCCUCUGGUCUGGUUCUGGGUGGGACAGAUGACUUGGGCUGCAACUGCGAUGAAAAGGUCAGCCCUGAAGACCUGCCGCCCGGGGAGCACCUGUCCCAUACACAUACACUAGUUUCUGCUAAUGCUCAUGAGGACAUUAUAGAGAAACUAAAGUUGCGUGUAAAAAGUAGAGGCCAGAGAGGUUUGAAAGUGACCCUUGUACGAGGCUAUAACCUGGAGUCACUCUGGCUCUGUCUCUUACAGAACAAAGUGGAGGAGCUAAACCAACGCCUGCGGCAAGCUAUGGAUGACAGCAGAAACCUUCCCUUUGGACGCCCUGCAGUUCUGUAUCGAACCAAGUACUCCAUCCUUCAUCACAGUGACUACAUCAGCGGAUACAACGAGUUCUUGUCUAUGCCUCUGUGGACUUCAUACACUGUUAGCAAACAGGUAGAGCUAUAUCCACUCCCUGAUGCCUUAUCCAACUGUGUGCGGCCUGAUACAAGGGUCCCUCCGGCCUACAGCCAGUCCUGCACUAACUACAGAGCAGACAAGCAGAUCACAUAUGCCUUUGUCUACCCACCACAAUUAUCUUUGCACAUGGAGAAAAAAUAUGAUGCGGUCCUCAUCACUAAUACUGUACCAAUGUAUCCUGCCUUUAAAAGAAUAUGGAGUUACUUCCAGAGAGCACUAGUGAAGAAGUUUGCCAAUGAGAAAAAUGGUGUCAAUGUUCUCAUUGGCCCAAUAUUUGACUAUGACUUUGAUGGGGUCAGGGACUCAACCGAAAGAAUUAAAGAGUUUAUGACUGGAACAAUCCCAGUGCCCACACAUUACUUCAUCGUUCUGACCAGCUGUCUGGACUUCACUCAGCCUGCAGACUCCUGCACUGGUCCACUGAGCAGUGCUGCAUUCAUCCUGCCACACAGGCCUAACAACGAUGAGGCCUGCAAUAGCUCAGAGGAGGAGUCCCGGUGGGUAGAGGAGCUGAUGAAGAUGCACACAGCUCGGGUUAGAGACGUGGAGCUCCUCACUGGUCUGGACUUGUACCGACGAACUAACCGACCAUACACUGAAAUUCUGUCCCUCAAGACUUACAUGCACACAUAUGAGAGUGAGAUCUAGACCAGUCAUGUCUUUUGUCUUUACCGUGGUGGAUUUAUGUGGUACUAAAGAGGUGGUUUCAUCUCCAACACACUGACUUUGCGUUUGCCCAACUGGGAACUUGAAUUGUGACGUGUUUUUCUUGGAUACAACUUUAAAGACCACUAAACUACAGCAUCACCCACUUUACAUAGUACUGUCCAUAAUUUGUUUAUGAUCAUGAUCAUUGCACUCAUUUUGUUAUAUCUUUGUUAAGUUUUCUAAAUAACAACAUUUGAGCCUCUAUCUGCACAUAAAUGAAUACAUUGUUGCUCCAAAAAGGCUUUGUACAUAAAAAAUGGAUAUAGAAAGAAUACCUGAUAACUAUUUUUAUACUUUAUACUUACAUGGGCUGUACUGUAAAUAUCAGAGGUGCUUGUACUCGGUGCUUGUACAUUGUUUUAUUUCAUCUUUCAACAUGUGAAGUUUUUCAAGCUAAAAAAUACAAUUGAAUAUUUCUACCUAUCCUUUUAUUCUCAUAGUAGCUUACAUACAUGGUAAUGACAAUUGAAAUUGCACUAAAAGGUAAUGACAUCAUAUCAUUUUGUUUGCCAUUGUUAUAUUACCCACUACCAGUGAGUCAGUAUGUUCAAUGUAUACAAUAAUAUUGUAAAUGAGUGUGUCUGUGAAUGAGUGACGUUUUGAGA